AUGGCAGAGAUGGGAAUGGGAAGGCUCCAGGAGGCAGAGGGCGGGAGACGCAGGGCAGAGCGGCAUUGUUGGAAAUUCUUCGCGCCCGGGAGCGUGAACUUUGCUCGUUACUAUCAAGAGCUUCUGCAGAAGGAUGGAGUCAAUGCGGGUCGAAGACAGGAUAGUGAGCGGGCGAGCUGCGAGGCUUGGAUGUGGCCGUCUGGGGCGUUCGCCAGGGCUGAAUGGAGUAAGAGGGAAAGCAGCAGAGCAGGCAUCGAUGCCGACUCUGCGCAAUUUGCUCUCAUCGUGGGAGCAAUCCUCAAGAAAGCCAUAAUUAGACCAUUGCAUAUGAGCAACGGCCGUGGGAAGACUCUGACGCAGGCGGUGAUGAUGCGGCAUUCCGCCAAACGCAACCUGGACACAACCAUCAUGUAUCAUGGACCUGGUGCGGCGCGUUUUCCGGUACGAGACCUGGACUUUGCUGUCCUGCAUCCCCUCACCCACACAGAUGGCCCGGGGGAACGCAUGCUACGCGUGCCCCGCUUUAUCAUGUCGAGAAUCGAGAAUGCGACCAGAGCGCGUCGCGAUCGCCUAGAGGCUAGAAGUGCCCGUCUUACCAACUUACCGAUCCCAGAGUGUCCGGCAACCAAGACGGACACAUCCUCCAGUGGCGCCGCAUUCAAUCUCGUCGGGGUAGCUUCAAUCCCCGAUCUGCCUUCGCGUUCCCGACAACCGGAAGCGCAAGGGCGGCGGCGAGCACGCGACACCCACGGGGGCGUUCUAGCUCCCUUGGUGGCGCAGAGAACGAGGUCUGAGAAAGUUUGGCGCAAAUUCACCGCACAAAUCUUAGCAGAAUUCGUUGGGAAGAGCUCGAUUUCGAGCCUGUCAAAGUUCUUGCGACGACACUGGACAGAAAUCCCAGACCUGGAUUGA